CUAGUGCCAAUCUUCUACCACAGCUAAACCUUAAAUCCGAAACCAAUCUUCCACCUCAAUUUACCGACUUUUGACUUUUUCUGACUCAGGCAAGGGCUCCACCGUAACCCCUCGCCCGGCGGAAGGGGGUGGUUAGAGGCAAGGAACAUGACCUACACUUCCAUGCUCCUGUCUCCUUCCCCACGCUUCUCUUCUCUCAAUUUUACCGAUACUAAUUCUCCUCCAUGGCGUCUGUUUCAGCUUCGCAAGCCGGCAUCGCCACUCACCGUCGCCAAUUUUCAAGCCCUUCCGUCCAAAAAAAUUGAUACUCCUUUUAAAACUUUUCCAUUGCAUCCUUUUCGCUUUCUCUCACUUUCUGUCUUGGUGGGCGGUGGAGGCAGUGACGAUGGCGGUGGCGGCAAUAACAACGAUGGCAAGAAUAUUGGUGAUUGGGGUUAUCCUUUUGACCCUGAUGAUUCAUUUUCAGGGCCUUACCAUGCCCUUUUCUUUCCCUUACUCGUCUGCUCGACUUGCUGUUGCUUCUGCCAACUCCUGUUUGCGAAGUUCGCAAUGGCCAAAACUAAAGCCCCGCAUUCCACAAGAACGGACUCUGACAUCGAAGCUACUCCCGGUUCCGUUUGGGAAGUGAAGGGAGGCAAGUGGACUAGGCUUAUCCCGAAUCAUAGCAAUGACGCUUUUGUUUCGUCACAACCAAGCUUGUUAAUGGAGUUAUCAUCACUGGAAGCUUUAAAAAUACCAAAUUUUUUUUUAUUGAAGUUCAGAGAACUCUUCAAGCGUUUGAUGCUCCCUGAAGGAUUUCCAAACAGCGUCACAAGCGAUUACUUGGAGUACUCCCUAUGGAGAGGAGUUCAAGGUGUUGCUAGCCAAAUCAGUGGAGUUCUGGCAACGCAGUCUUUGCUCUAUGCUGUUGGAUUAGGAAAAGGAACGAUUCCAACCGCAGCUGCCAUUAAUUGGGUUUUAAAGGAUGGAAUUGGGUACCUGAGCAAGAUCAUGUUGUCCAAUUUCGGUCGCCAUUUCGACGUCAACCCAAAAGGAUGGAGAUUGUUUUCUGAUGUUCUUGAAAAUGCUGCCUUUGGUUUGGAGAUGUUGACUCCCUCAUUCCCUCACCUUUUUGUACCAAUUGGCGCUGUAGCCGGUGCAUCGCGUUCUGCAGCGGCGCUAAUCCAGGCUUCUACAAGGAGCUGUUUCUAUGCUGGCUUUGCUGCUCAAAGGAACUUUGCAGAGGUAAUUGCUAAAGGUGAAGUCCAAGGAAUGGCUAGCAAGUUUAUUGGUAUCAUGCUGGGUAUAACAUUGGGCAACUGCCUAGGCUCCUCCACACCUCUAGUUCUUGCUUCUUUUAGUGUGGUGACUUGGGUUCACAUGUACUGCAAUCUGAAGUCUUAUCAAUCCAUUCAAUUAAGGACCCUAAAUCCUUAUCGUGCAAGUUUAGUUUUCAGUGAAUACCUACUUAGUGGCCAAGCACCUCCAGUCAAAGAGGUCAAUGAUGAGGAGCCGCUUUUUCCUGCUGUAUCCAUACUAAAUGUGAAAAUUUCCAACAAAGCACCCUCAUAUGUUUUAUCUUCCCAAGCGAAAGAUGCAGCUGCAGAAAUUGAACGCCGAUUGCAGCUGGGAUCUAAACUAAGCGAAAUCAUCAAUAGCGGGGAGGAUGCGCUGGCUCUCUUCGGCCUUUAUAAAAGUGAGGGCUACAUGUUGUCAGAGCACAUGGGAAAGUUUUGUGUGGUCCUCAAAGAUAAUUGUUCACCACAGGAUAUGCUUAAGGCGUUGUUCCAGGUCAGUUACCUCUAUUGGUUAGAGAAGAAUGCAGGAAUUGAAGGAAGAGGAACUGUUGAUGACUCUAAACCUGGGGGCCGGCUACAGUUGUCUCUGGAUUACGUAGAAAGGGAAUUCAACCAUGCCAGAAACGAUGGGGAGUCUGUAGGUUGGGUCACCGAUGGGCUUAUUGCCAGGCCUUUGCCCAAUAGAAUACGUCCGGGAAACAUGGCAACUUAAGUGAGGAAGUUGAUAUAUGAUAAAAUGGCUCGUCAUUUUCAUGCAUGGCUGCUUAGUUUUCCGUGCGGCUGAAAAAAUUGGUUUAACAUGUCUCGGAGGUUUUGGGGCUACUUAACUCUUUGCGGAUCUGGAAUGCCUCCAUUUAUUUUUCCCCCCGUCUGCUUCUUUAGGGUUCAUUUGGUACAAGUGAAAUAGAGAGGAGGAGAAGAAAAAUUUUAACGAGUUUCAUCAAAAAAAUUAGAAAAGUGGGGUUAAAAGCUUGAUUUUAUUUUUUUGUUUUACUUUUUUAAUUAAAAUUUUAUAGCCCCACUUUCCUAAUUUUUUAUCACUAAAAUUUUGUCAAUCCUACCCUCCAAUUUUCUCAUACCAAGCAUGGGAUGAAACUGCGCCAUUGCAUAAGGUUUUCAUGUUUCUUUCUUUUUCUUUCCUUUCUGAAUGAAAGAGAAAUUUAGUGAUAGCGAGUAUUUACAACAGUCAAAUACAAAGGAUGAAAAUGGAGAAACAAGGCUCAUUGAAAUCAAACUAGAUGCAUUUUCUUGUGAAAAUCUUUCGCUUGGGCACUAUGCUCCUUUAAGGGUCUGUUUGUAAUAACAUUUAAAAGCACUUGUAAGUAUGUUUUAUGUUAGUUGAGGCAAAAUUUUUUUUUACA